GUGACGCAUGCGCAGUCCUCCCGCUGUGCUGUCGGUGCGGCGCAGAGAGCGCGGCUCUCCGCUGCUCAGACAGAGUUGAUCAGUGUCCGGAUGCCUGAUGGAUGGGUGACUGAUGUCUGAUCAGUCAAAGCCCACGCGGGCUCGCAGUAACGAGACACAGACUGGUUCAGUAUUGAUUACUGUUUAUUGAUCGGCAGCUGAAAGUGUGUGUGUGAGAGAGGAGUUCAGCGCUUCAAACACACAGGACUCUACUUUUCUUCAUCCAUCCAUCACCUCCUCCUGCUCCUCCUCCGUUAUCAUUCUUGAUGUGGAUGGCCCGUUACCGUGGUUUGUGACCAGUACACCUCGAACACGUCAUCAAGGGAUGAAGACCCCACUAAGCCCCUCUCAGCUCCUGGAGAGUGGGCAGAUCUUUGCCUUGGGAGGGAUGUGUCAAGAACUGACGGACAGGCCCACACCUACAACCAUCCAGCAGACCCCAUCUCAAGGUCAGAGUGGGGCCUACUCGCUCUGUGAGGUGUGUAACCUGCAGCUGACCUCUGCUGGUCAGGCCCAGCUGCACUACAAUGGCAGGUCUCACCUUCGAAGAGUGAGACAGCUCCAGGCUGGAGAGACAGGACAACAGGCAGCAGGGGCUCAGUCUAGGUCUGUUCCUCAGGCCACAGGGCUUAGUUCCUCCCAGCCUGCAGGACUAACUCCAAUCCCAGGCCCCAGUUCAGGCCUCAGCACUCCAUCGAGCACGACUGCUGGAAGUGGCUGUACUGCAGUGGGCGGAGCCUUGCCAGGGCUCAUAGGUGCUACUGGUCCCUCUGUGAUGAUGAAACCGUUCCUGUCAUUUUCUGUCGAGACGACAUCACCAGUCGGGCUUUUUCCAAACUUCAACACGAUGGACCCAGUGCAGAAGGCCGUCAUCAACCACACCUUUGGUGUUACCUUGGCACCCAAGAAGAAACAGGUUAUCUCAUGUAACGUCUGCCAGCUGAGGUUCAACUCUGAUUCUCAGGCAGAAGCUCAUUACAGAGGCAGUCGUCAUGCCAAGAAGCUCAAGUCUCAGGAGAACAAGGCCAAGGCCAAGCUGUCAAUCACUGGAGAGUCCAAUGGCAGCAGCACCAGUCCUGCUGGCCCCACCCCUCCCGUCUCAGCUCACAGCAGCACCAAUCAGCACACAGAACUCUUAUCUAGCCUCAUCGACUCCUCUUCUCCUCUCAAACCCUUCCUUCUCCCCUCCUCCUCCCCUCUCUCCUCCUCUCCUUCAUCUAGCAGGGCAGGCAGUGAGCCUCCUCCCUCCAGUCCUCCCUCCGCUCUCCCUGCCCCAGGUCUCUAUUCUUGCUCCUCUUCGUCUUCUUCCAAAGCAUCUCCUCCCCCUCCUCCAGCCCCUGUCACAUCCUUGUUGUCCACUGCUCCUCCUCCUCCUCCUCCUCCUCCUCCUCCUGCUCCGCCUGCUCCUGCUCCUUCUAAGGCCUCUCCCCAGCAUGCUCCUCUCUCAGUGGAGUCGGAGGAGGAGAAAGCAAAGAAGCUGCUGUACUGCUCUCUGUGUAAAGUUGCCGUGAACUCUCUCUCUCAGCUGGAGGCUCAUAAUGCAGGUUCAAAGCACAAGACGAUGCUGGAGGCUCGGAGUGGCGCCGGGCCAAUCAAGGCCUACCCUCGACCCGGAGCCAAGCUUAAGAACGGCAGCACCUCUGGACUGAAGGGCUCUGGCCUGCAGAACAAAACCUUCCACUGCCAGAUCUGUGAUGUCCAUGUCAACUCUGAGAUCCAACUUAAACAGCACAUCUCCAGCAGGAGGCAUAAAGACAGAGUGGCAGGAAAACCCAGCAAACCCAAAUACAGCCCUUAUAACAAACAGCAGCGCAACUCACUCACUAAGGAGUUAGUGAAGCCCUCCCUCUCUUCUUCCUUUCUGUCCACUCCCUUCUCUCCUCCGCCUUCCUCCCUCACCUCCACCAUCUCACUCCCUCCCUCCUCUCUCUCCUCUCUCUCCUCUCUCUCCUCCCCCACCCUCCUCACGACCACCUCUUCGCCCCUCACUCCUGCCAUCUCUCUUCAUCCUCGCCCUCCAGCCACCUCGUCCCUCUUCACAGCCUCCUUCCUGCGACCAGCUCCUGGACCAAUCAGAACAAGCCAAGGAUCGAUUCUCUUCGCACCCUACUGAAGGCAGUGUUGACUUUGUGGAGUUGAACCGCUAACCUUUGACCCCUGGCCUCCAUUUUGUUGGAGCUACAGGGGCAGGAGAGUCCAGAAGAGACAAACUCUGCCAUCAUGACUGCAGGAAUUCAAACCUGCAACCUUCUCACCUGACUGAAAGGGAACCUCCUUUUCCUCCUCCUUCUGUCUGGAUCGGAAGUUUUCUUCCUCUCUGGUCCAACAAUUCUCAGCUAAUAUGACAGCAACCUUUGAUGAUUUAUCUAAACCAGAAAUGGACUCGUCCCUUUAAAUAAAUCGCAGACCUGAAGCCAAACAGAAUGGGGGGGUUCUCACUCAUCCUGGAUUUUACAGGGAUGUUUUAAUGUAGUCAUGGAUUUCUGGUCAUGGAAAAAUUACAGACUUGCCUAAUAAUUUGUGGAAAGCAAUAAGUGGUCCAGAAAAACAUCAGUAUGCAGCUUUUUUUGUCACUAUCAUUUAUCAUUUUGAUGCUCCAAAUUCUGCUGAUUCAACAUCCAAAGCAAAGAAAAUCUGUGAGAUCUGUGAGAUGUUCAACCUGUGCAUUAAAACUUAGAGAAUACUUAAUUUUUUUUAGCCAAAAACAGUUCCCAAAGUACCUCAUCAUUUAUAAUGAAAGACUCUUUGUUGCAGACUGAUUCUAAGGAAAAUAAAGCUGGAGUUUGUUUUUCGCACAUUUAUUUGACUGCGAUAACAAGAAUCAGUACCAGCGUUGGUGAGGAACCAAACUCGACUGGCAGAAUCUAAAAAGUCCUAUCUAAAAAUACCAGAAUCUUCUCCUCGUAAAAAUUCUCACAAAUUAGCAUGACAAAGACACAUUGGUGCCAGUAGUUUGAUGCAUUUUAAUGCAACUUGUGUUGAGCCCAGACAUAGAGUUUUACAAGAAAGUUUGGACUUGGUUGUCAGAGUUCAGAGGGGUUUGGUUCUGUCCCAAUAACUCUCUUCUGAACACAGGAGCCCUUCUUCCUCCUGCUGAAGGAACUAACCAGCAGAAACCUGAUGUCAGAGACCUCAGCAGAUGCCCUUCGUCAUGAACAAAUACAGAUGUCUUCAUAUCAGCACCGGACUGUGAUGUUACAGGACUCCUCCCUCAGAUGUCCCUGCCUUCGUGUUCAACUUGUUCCUAGCAUACAGCAUCAGAGAGCAAUUAAGCGGGAAAGGGGGAAAGGGGGAAAAUGAAAAUAAAAAACAAAUGUGUGGUUAGCACUGUCGCCUCACAGCAAGAGGGUUCCAGGUUCAAAUCCCAGUCUAGGAGUCUAGAGUUUGCAUAUUCUCACAGUGCAAGAGUGGGUUUUCUCCAGGUACUCCUGCUUCCUCCCACACACAUGCACAUUAGGUUAAUUGGCUACUUUACAUUGGCCCCAGGUGUGAGUGUGUGUGUAUAUGGUUGCCCGUCUUUGUGUGUCAACCCUCCAGUUAACCGUCGACCAGUUCAGGUUGAACCCUGCCUCUUGCCCUUGGUCAGCUGAGAUAGGCUCCAUCCCCCCGCGACCCUGACAGAUAUAACGGUAUAGAAAAUGAAUGGAUGGAUGGCUUGCAAGCAUAUAAUUUAAUUUUUUUAAAAAAGGGUCAGUAAUUUCAAAACAGCUGGACAUUAGUUUUUAGUAAAUGUUACUCACACAGCAGGAAAUAGUGCAUUUGUUGAGGACUGUUCAGCUUGACCUCCAAACAAAUGAGUUUUGAUAGUCUGGAUCAACUGUUUCAACCAGUCUGAUCACCUGACCCUACCCCAAGGACCACUGGUUGCUUGUUCUCCUCCUGCUGAGUCAACACACUGUAUGUUUGGAACCAGAGUUUGAACUGCAGCAACGAAUACGUGACCUCAUCUUUUUGUCUGAUAUCCACACUUCUGCCUGUAUCUGUUGUCGUCUCCACUGCCAGUGUGUUACAGACUCAGUCUGCACUCUGGACUGAGCUACUUCCUGGUUUUACAGUGAAAAGGGCCUUGGUGUGAACACUCUCAGAUUUGUUUCAGUCAACCUUCAUGCUGUCACUGGGUGUGACUAGAACUUCCUGGAGUUUAAAACAUUCAAACAGGAACUUUUUAAGACUUUAACACUUCACUGGAACUUUUAAGAACCUGCAACAGCAAAGGAACAUUUUCCUUAAAUAAGCUUAUUCACUUUCCAUGAGCAAAAGAAAAUGUUAACUUUUGUUGAUUUGCUUUUUGUGUGCUCUAAUACUUUAUUUUACAGUGUAUAUUGUAAAUAUUUAACCAAAACAUUUUCAUGACUUUCAAACAACCACAUGAUGUGUCCUUCUGUCUGAUACAUUAGCCCAGAGACAGAUAUCUCAGCAGCUACUGGGCAGAUUUGGAUGAACCUUUUAUAUUAGGCUCCAUUGCUUUUUCCUCCAGUGCCACCCUCAAGAUAAACACCACAUUUUUAGUUCCACUACCAGUAUAGCUCUCAGACUAGUGAGACAAUUAGCAUGUUAUGUGUGACAAAGUAGCUUCAUUCUGAGCUUUUCACUGUAUCUCAGUGUCUUUAUCAGUCCAUUGGGAUGGCUUAGGUGCCUUCACAUGGCCUACAUGUUGAGCUUAAUUGCAGGUGCUCAUAAAAAGGGGGAGAUGGUAAGCCCUUUCUCUGACUUCAGAUAUGAAGUAAAUCUUUCUCCAGCCAUCCACUGAUUCCUGGGCCUUGACCUUUGACCUUUUCCCAUCCGAGCUCUCUGUUUAUCAUUAAUUCACCCUUGGGUUUUUUUCUCUUACAAUUUAAUGAUGGUCAAGAAUGAACAGGAUCAGGAUAUCACUUUCCUAUUGUGACUGAAGUGAACGCUACAGCCUCUAUAGGGUGCUAGCAUGGUCUAUUUUGUGUAACAGGUAUUAGAUCUUUGUUGUGUAUAGGCAGCACAGUGUAUUGGAGAGGCACGGGUCGGGUGAGGUCUGGUCAACCUACAAGAAAACAGGUUCAGUCAGUGAUGAAGCAGCAUUCCAAUAAUCAUUAAUGACAAAAAGCAUUGCAUGGGAUAGUCCACCAUCCCAUUUUAUGUCACCCUCAGACGUAGCGAAGGACAGACAGAGUUCAUGUCUUUGAUGAAGGGUUACUUGUUUUGUUACUAUUUAACAAUUAAGAACACUGUUUGGAAUUUGUGUGCUUAUAGGAGCAGACAGCAGAAUCAGCACCUGGGAGAGCACCGUCAGUAUAAUGCAUAGAGUUCGAAUCAGUUCUACUCGUUAGCAAUUUGUGCAGAUUUUUUGUGGGUCGGAUGGUGUGGAUUGUAUUAUUGGUAUUGGUAUUAAAAAACUCGGACGAAGAUGGACAGUCAGUACACGUCAUUUAGCUUUACUGUUUUUUUACUUUAACACUGUAACUGACCACGCUGCUGCAUUUCCAUGUGUGCUUACAUGUGACAGGUCUAGGAAAAUAGGGGUCCCCCAGAAGCCCCUGGUGGUCUUGGUCUGGUGUUCUCAAGCUAAUAUCAUUGCUAGCAGAUAGCUUUCAUUAGUAUUUUUAGAAUUUCAAAUAAUAACUUCAAAAUCAUCAGGUGGUUGUUUGGCAUUCAUGAAAAGGGCUUCACAGAACCAGGAGAAACCAUAGAAAACUUCACAAAAAAGUGAAGAUGAGAUGUAAAAGCUUCUCCUCCCUGGUGAUGUAAUAAGUCCAGUCAGUCUCUUCAUCUCCUGAUUGCGAAGGCCCAGCAAUGUGAACCAAUCAGCUUUUUACCUGAGGGAACGACAUUUGUUCUACUCUGUGAUCAGUUGAAAGGGAGCUGAAUCUGCCAUUAUUUAUUUUAUUUUAUUAUUAUUAUUAUUAUUAUUUAUUUAAUUUUUUUUAAUCUGAAGUUCAUGUUUUAUUCACAGCUGGUAUGCAGCCAUUAAUCAAAAUCAAAAUCCUCAAAAUGAAUGCAUGGCCAAAAAAAUUGCAAACCCCAUUGUUCAGCAGGGGUUGUUUUUUUGUUGCAAAGGUUGCACUUAAAAAAUAAAAAAAUGUCAGCAUUUCCACAGCUGCUGUUUUUGUAAAUAUCAAAAAAUAUAUAUUUAAGUGCAGUUAUUUAAAUGUUAAAAUACUGUUCAAAGCACUUUUCAGAACUUUAAUUUAAUUGUUGUAUGAUUCAUUGGCAAAACAUUUACAAAGGUCAUGCAAAAGUAAUAAUUUAAUCGUUUUCAAACAAUGAUGUCUGAAAUAUAUGCUGGUAUUUCCUACCACAAGGUUUCCACUCAAACAUUUUGGGGCUGAAAGCUUCAAAGCGAGGAGCUCUGUAAAGCUCUCAGUGGCCGACUUCACCAUCAUUCAGUAGUGAGAGUGACUUUUCUAUGGUUUCAAACGGUCCAUAUUUUCCUGUCUGUCUUCCUGCCUCCUCCUGAAUAACUUGAAACAUCUCAGUCUUCCAAUAAUGAACAAACAGGUUAAGGACAUUAUGUGUGUGUGUGUGUGUUUAUCUAUGCAGUAUUUGGUCUCAUGGUGCAGUAACCUUAUCUUAUCAACAUGCAACUUGUAAAAAGAAGACAAAGUGUCAAAUUCAUGUUGAUGAUGCUGAUUAACCUCUGCUAAGGCUGUUGAUAGCAGCUUGUUGAAAAUAAGCUCUGAGCUGUUCGGCUAAACUUCUCCUCUGUCUGAUGAUGUCAUCAUGAUGCAAUAAUGUACAGAUCAGCAGCUGCUUUUCUAGUCGCUUUGCUUCUUUACUGGCAAUAUUGAGGCCUGAGAGUCGUGAUACUGGGGCCCAAUUGCAAUACUGGAAUUAAACAUACGCAGAUGUUUAAGUUGUUUGAAUUGAAUCUUUGUUUCUGGUUGACAUAAUAUAAACUUGUCAUUUUUGUUCAUACAGCUGUAAUGUUUUUGUUGAAAACUGAGAUUGUGUGUGUGUGUGUGUGUGUGUGUUUGUGUGCGCGCGCGCUUGGCUGUGUGUGCAUUAUCGCCGUGCUUGGACUGGACGUGUACCAAUAACAUUUAAAGAUUUGCUUCCAAAAUACAGUCUAAUUUUCCAUUAACCCAGAGAACAUACACAAGUUUUUACCAAAUAUAAUAAAUAAAUAGAUUGCAUUUUAAACUACAGUAGCACAUUAGACUCAGCUUUCUAAGUCUAAAAAAAAGCAAAGUCCACAUUUAAUCAAUCCAACCCGUCCUCACUAUUCAGACUUUUCAGAGAUCAUCCUGUAUAGAGAUUGAUCAAUGUCUUACACAGGAUUGUCUAGACAUUGAUUAAACAGGAGUUCAGAGUUGAAAAGAGACAGACAUUUUGUUUAGAUUUCAGCUGAGAACAGCAGUGUUGAAUCAUCCUCAGACAUGUUAAAAAGUAACACUUCUUGUUUCAGAGAGCCUCUGUCUACUUCUUUAUGUGUAGUAUUUUUUCUCUGAGCUUUUUUUAAUGAUGAUGAUGACCAUGAUGCAAAUAUGCAAACAUAUACAAACUUGUUAGGUUGACCAUUUGUGUUCUUAUAAUUUCAUUUCUGUAAUUUUCUUUUAUUUGUUUUCUAUUAAAAAACUGCUGAACAUCA